AUGGCAAACGAAUCUAUACAUGUAACAGAUUCGAAUGUAGCUUCUGAUGAAGAAGGAGUUGAAGUAACAUUUAUUAGCAAAGAUGAACAAAUGACAACAAUUGUUCAUGAAAAUGGUUAUGAAUCUGAAUGUAGUUCGAGUUCGAGAAGUGAAGUAGAUAUAACUCGUUCAGUACUUGAAAUUGAAGCUGAUGCAUUUACACGUUUUAUUGAACGACAACGUAUUGAAGUUAUGUUUGAAUUACGUCAUUUACGUUUGGGUGAACGACCUGUAACUGGUCAACCAAAUCGUGAACGAAUUGAAACCUUUCUAAAUAAUAUUCAUGAACACCAACAAAACGUAAGAACACCAUCAACUCGACCUGUUAUACCUAGUGCUCAUCUGGCUGAUAUUGAUGCAUUAGCUAAUCGUCGAUGUGUAUCAGCUGCAUUAAGUAGUACAGCAUUUCGACAAGAUCUUGAAAAUGCUAUUCGACGUUCCAUUGUCACACAAACAAUAUCACCAGCACAACAAAUUCCGCAAGCACCACCUAUGCCACAAACGUUAUCAUCAACUAUUAUUGAACAACAACAACAACAACAUUCACAAAUUACACAAGGUUCACCAACGUCACCAGUACAGAUUGAACCAGUUAUUAGAGGCCAACAACAAAGUUCUCAAAUUAAUCUAAUUCCUAGGCAUGAGCCAUUCAAUAUCGAAAGACCAGAACGUGAACUACAUGCAUGGCAAAUAAUAACUCAAUUACAACGUGAAAUCAUUGUUUUAGAAAUUAGUGAUCUUGUUCAUCGACAAUUAGUAACAAGUGCUUUAGAAAGUGAUUUUCGUCGACAUCUUGAACAGAAUAUUUAUAAUCAUUUGCAACGAGGAGCACCACCUCAAGAAGAACAACAACCAAGACCAAUAAUUGCAACACCACGUGCUCCGCCUGUUCCUACUCCAAUACGAACAACACCUAAUACGCAUGCCUCUACUUUAACUGUUGAUGAAUUAUCAUCACGACUUGAUACCAUGCAACAAAUGUUACAGCUGAUGUUUUCUAUGCAAAUGGAUAUGCAAAGAUCAUUACGUCAAGAAGUAGCAAGUGCUAUUGCUAAUAAUUCCUCAACUAUGAUAACUACAGCAAGUCAACCAAUGAAUGCUGGUCAUUGUACAAUAUGUUUGACUGCUAUUGCUGAUACAGUACUUUAUCGUUGUGGUCAUCUCUGUGUAUGUUAUAUGUGUGGAUUAAAUCUUCGACAAACAAGAUCUACUACCGUCGUCAAAUGUCCAAUAUGUCGAGCUCCAGUUGAUGAUAUUCUUCGUGUUUAUCGAAGUAGCCGUGAUGGAGAAUCAAUAUAA